GGCGGCCGGGCAACAGCUGCGAAGAACUUCACUCUCCACGUGCUGCUCGAGCUCCCGGCUCGGACCGCGGUUCUGCGACUGAACCAUGGCUACCGACUACAGUUCUCUCCCCGACUGGCCUCCCAGGAGGUUUUCCGGACGCCCUCAAGCCCAGAAGAAGCGGUUCCUUUUGGGAACCACACAGCCAGCAGAAGCUACCAAGAGAAAGCACCAAGUGUCCAGUGACUCUCCACCAACAAAACGGAGGAGUAGGAUAGCUUCUUUUUCUGCCAAGACAACCAGUGAUAAAGAAACUCCGAGAACAUUUAAGGGGAGUGCACACAAAACGUUUCCUUCAAAGAAGUAUUUGGACAGUACAGACAACGAAAAGCAAGAGGAGAAGCCAUGCAUCAAGACUUCGUCGCUGUUUAAAAACAAUCCUGAGAUCCCAGAACUCCACAGAACUAUAGUGAAGCAGGCUCGAGAGCAAGUGUUUUCUCCGGAGGCUUUCCAGGAGCUGGACCUCCACCCGCAUCUAAUUUCCACAAUAAGUACAGUCUUAAAAAUGUCCAGUAUGACGAGUGUUCAGAAGCAGAGUAUCCCAGUGCUGCUGGAAGGCAGAGACGCCCUUGUGCGAUCCCAGACGGGCUCAGGUAAAACUCUUGCCUAUUGCAUCCCUGUGGUCCAGUCUCUUCAGGCUCUGACAUCAAAAAUACAGCGCAGUGACGGCCCCUACGCUUUGGUCCUAGUGCCCACCAGAGAGUUGGCUCUGCAAACCUUUGACACUGUCCAAAAGCUGCUUAAGCCAUUCACCUGGAUUGUUCCUGGAGUGUUGAUGGGCGGAGAGAAGAAGAAAUCGGAAAAGGCUAGGCUCCGCAAAGGCAUAAAUAUUCUUAUCUCAACUCCUGGCCGCCUGGUGGAUCAUAUAAAAUCUACAAAGAACAUUCAUUUUAACCGAAUACGGUGGCUGGUCAUGGAUGAAGCAGACAGGAUCUUGGAUUUGGGUUUUGAGAAGGACAUCACAGUGAUCCUGAAUGCUGUAAAUGCUGAGUGUCGGAAACGGCAGAAUGUCCUGCUAUCAGCAACACUCACAGAAGGUAUAACCCGGCUAGCAGAUAUCAGUUUACACAAUCCAGUCAGUAUCUCUAUCCUGGACAAAAGCUGGGACCAGUCCAACCCUAAGGAAGUUGCAAGUGACAGCUUUGCCAUACCAGAGAGUCUUGACCAGCAUGUGGUAUUGGUUCCCAGCAAGCUGCGCCUUGUCUGCCUGGCAGCCUUCAUCAUGCAGAAGUGCAAGUUCGAGAAGGACCAGAAGAUGAUUGUCUUUUUCUCAAGUUGUGAGCUGGUGGAGUUCUACUACAGCCUUUUCCUUCACACCCUGCCUUGCCUCUCAAGGGCUCCCACUUCAGAGCAGCCACCAUCUGCCUCCUGGCCACUGAAAUUCCUUCGGCUACAUGGCAACAUGGAGCAGGAGGAAAGAACCUCUGUGUUUCAUGAGUUCUCACAAUCUGGAACAGGAGUCCUGCUCUGCACGGACGUUGCAGCCCGAGGCCUGGAUCUCCCACAAGUCACCUGGAUUGUUCAGUACAGCGCUCCACCUUCCCCUGCAGAAUAUAUUCACCGAAUUGGAAGAACUGCCCGGAUUGGCUGUCACGGGAGCAGCCUGCUCAUUUUGGCUCCUUCGGAGGCAGAAUAUGUCAACUCGUUGGCGUCUCACAAAAUCAACGUUUCUGAGAUGAAGAUGGAAGACAUUUUGGCUGUCCUGGCAAAAGAUGAUUGUCUUAAAAGGAAGCAGAAGGCAGCCCAGAAAUCCCUUGCCAUUGGCCCCCAGGAAAUCCAAGAACGAGCCACAGUAUUGCAGACAGUGUUUGAAGAUUACGUGCACUCCAGUGAGAGGAUGGUCUCCUGGGCAAAGAAAGGCCCGACCCUCAGAGGAAGACUCAGAGCAAGCACCACCAUGUGCUUGCUGAAGUCCUGCGCUCAGAGUACUCAAGCGGGCUGGAGGCCAGCGGCACAAAGGGCAAAAAGCAAGGCAAGCAGCGGGGCUUCCAGGUGGCACCCAGCAAGCCCAGGCCCUGGAGAGAAUGAAGCUGCGCCCAUCCAGAAGGCUCUUUUGGUUUAAUCUCUACAGGACCGGUCAGGGUGAAUCCAACAUGGCCUGGUGGCUUAAGAUUCGAUGUCCUGUUCUUAUCAUCGAAGCUUCUGAAAAAUAACUGGCACCUCUCCCAGAAUGGAGGUUCACACGAGCACAGACCUCACCUGUUGGAGGAGGAGGCCUGAUGGAAAGCAGCAGGCAGGGGUCAGUGCUACACAGUCAUCUGCCUUUGCUCAG